AUGCCUCUUCGCCUAACGACUUCUAGAAGGUUGUCGCCUUCUGUAACCUUCUUCUUCAAACCCUCACCUUUGCACCCUCAUUUCCGCGGCACCAGCAAGGAUUCAGUCCGGUCGUCGGCAUCAGCAGCACGAUUCUCAACGACUCGACGAGUCUACUAUGCUCGCAGUCGUGAGCCCACCUACUACGAAGUCCUUAAUAUACCGGUGACUGCGACGGCAGCUGAGAUUAAGAAACAAUUCUACGCCCUUUCGCUAAAGCAUCAUCCUGACCGCAAUCGCUCUGACCCAAGCGCCACAGAACGCUUCGCGACCAUAUCCUCUGCGUAUCAAAUACUUGGCGACAACUCGAAGCGUGCGCGUUACGAUCGGGAUCAUGGAAUUGUCAAUCAAAACACCCAUAGUAGUGGCGUAUCCGGGCAACAUCCCAUGGGCAGUCAUAGUAGUGCGGGUGCAAACUUGCGCAGUACGAACAGUUCUUAUGUUGGCUCACGUCCUGCAAGCGGGUUGAGCAAAAGACGAGGGACGUUUAAGGGUCCGCCUCCCAGUUUCUACGCACACGGCGGAUAUGGUGCGAGAGCUUCGCGGCCAGGUGCUGGUGGAGCUUAUACGGGGACAGGGACAACUGGUAGCAAUGCAGAUGCUGCUGCUCCGAAUGAGGAGGAUCCUACUUCCUUUAUCAAUCAUAAUCCUAUUGGGCAUUUCAAUGCCAAGGGCCACUUCAGAACGCAGGCAGCUGAAGAUGCUCGGCGGCAACAGAGACGGGUACGACAAACACAGCGUGAGCAGGAAAUUAGAGAUAAUGCACUUGCAUACAGUGGAAAUCUCAUUUUGCGAUUCGUGAUAGUCUCGGGUAUUCUAGUCUCGACAGCGGUCCUUGGAGGCUUG